GUUUAAAUAUCGAUCCGGCCCGGCCCUUGUACCUCUACUUCGACUGUUUGAAACAUUAUCUAGCAGAUUGUUGUUUGUGAAAAUCUCUACAGUAUACGAUUAAAAAAUGGACUUGAAAAGUAAGAGGAUUGAAACUCUUGGAGCUUCACUCGAGAGUUGUUUCCCCCUAACUAACUACCAUGACCCAUGGGAUCGAAUGAAUUGGUGUGGAAAAAAGGCGAUUGUGAACCGCUAGGAGGAGCAACAGUGGUUAGAAACCACACUCUAAAUUGCUAGGCCAAGGAAUGCAUUAUAGGCUACACAUGUAGCCCUCCUUCCCCAAGCAAUUGAGGGUUGAAUUACCUUCUCCCUCAAACCGGGGGUUUGGACUUUAGAUGGGUUAAUCAUAAUUAACCUAGGUAUUCAAUUUGAGUUUAGAGAUUUGCCCUACAUUAACCUAGAUAGGAGGCAUGGAAUGCCCAAGAAAACACAACUCAAUUUGAGCUUCUUAAGAUAAGGGGGUUUCUCUCUAAGCUAGGUUAGAAUAUCACAAUAGAUUGCCAAGCACACACAAUGCAUAAUCACUAUGAAAAAUACCUCAAAUCUCAAAUAAAACACCACCCACACACAAUCAUUCAAUCCACACAAUUAGCUACACGGUAGAAGUUAGGGUUCUACAACAUCCAAGUGAAUAGGAGACUACCUCCAUGCUAAAAGAAAAAAGAACACAAAGAAGGGGGGGGGACCAUCAUUGUGAUGCCUCAAUCCUUUAUUGUGUUUGUAGUGAUCCUCUCUUGAAGAGGAUCUUCCCAAAUCUUGACUUGGAGCAAACCCUAGCUUCUUCUCCCUUUUGGUUUGUGGCUUUCUCUCUCUAGAUUCUUGAAGACUAAGGUUUCUCUCACUUGGGCUCUCCCUCUUCUUCCUUUCAUCUCUCCUUUUAUACACAGAUCGCGCCCAGUUCACGACCGUGAACUAAUGACGAAGAUCGUGAACUCGAACCAAUUCGCGCCAUUUCAUUUAGCUGGUUCACGGUCCAUGGCUUCAGGAACUGACUUGAUGCUAGUAACCUGUAGAAUCGCUCUGGAACCCUGCAAGUUCAUGGUUUAUGGCUCCAAUUCACGGUCCUGAUGACCGUGGACUUCCUGCCUGGACCAUGAUCUUUGGCUGCUUCCUCCUUUAGUUCGAUUUUAGCACCAUUUCUUCUAACAAUCGACUCCAGGGUUGGUUCCACCUGUUAGAUUCUGAAACACACUGAAAAACGGCAAACCUAGCGUAAAACCACACCUUUCAGAGCUCAAAUGCUACAAACGCCAAAGAUAAAUGGGGAUCAAAAGUGUACAUUUAGGUCGAAUCACUUCCCCACACUUAGACGUUUGCUUGUCCCCAAGCAAACCUUUCAGACAAGGUAAUAUCUCAACCUAAACAAAAUACUUUAGGGAUAAUUCAAAGGGCACAAAGUGGGGUAUCUCAAUGGCUAUUGGCAAUCAACACAUGGACAGUUGCAAGCGAUACCGCAUCCACAACAAACAACAUUUGAGGCCACCAAAAUGGGCAAACGAAAAGUUCUCACCUUGUUCAUGAAUCAAUGCAAGUCUCAACAAGUUCACUCAUCAACCACAACUAACCAUGCAUAACAUUCAAGUCCAAGGAAUAAACGAAUGGGAAACAAAGGUCCUCACCGGGCUAUGAUAUGACAUGCAAAACAAGAAUGAAUCACUCACUCUCUUGACUAGUGGGGUUGGGACCAUUUGGUGCAAAAAAUGUGCACAAUCAUCAACACUCGGUCCUAUCGUCUCUUCACCAUGGCGGCAACCUCUAAAUGCUAGAGUUCACGGGACGGUUGUCAUCACUAGCUUGACCGGAGGUCUUAGACACGGGUUCAAAUGACUUGCAAUUGUCUUGGACAUGGGGAAAAUGCCUUUCGGGUGGUGGCAAACACAACAUGAGGUCCUACAUCUUCACUUUAAAACCGAAGGUUCUAUGGCUUCGACUAAGAACCUUCCCUACACACAAAGACCACUAGCAUCGGUCAAAAACCUUACUUCCUUCCAAACCAAACUAUCACCCAUCACGAACUACAUUGAAGCACACUUCCUCGGCUUAUUCUUGCUAUCACAUUUCAAGCAUAUUAGUGAGGGAGUUCAACAACAAUUUGGGUGUUUCAAUGGCUAGAGUGCCAAGAAACCCUUCCUAGAGUAGCAUACACUUUGAUUUUUGUGGCAACUCUCUACUUUGUUACCUCGUCUUAUUACCUCUUUUUCGAUUUUUUGUUUUGAUUCAACUUUCCUUUUCUUCCUUUUACCUCUUUUCUUUUCUUUUCUUUUCUUUUCGAGGGGGUACUAGAGAGUGAAACACAUACCAUUUAACGAACAAUGCUCUCGAUUAAGAACUUACUCCAACGCUACCUCUUCAUUUCUAACAAGAACCGCACAAAAUCCUCCUAUGUAGAACCUCAAUGGAGCUCCUAAGCACGAACUCUGGGACACAAGGACGAGUCAUGUAUAGACACGAAGGAAUGAUGGGGAGUCAUUUUAUCAAACAUCAUUAAGCUCACAAGGGAAAAGCUCUUACAAGAAAAAGACCCCCAAAGUCACAAGGCUCAAAGGGGUUAACUAGGGAUCUCUUUUAUUAGCUUAGCAUUCCCCCCAAAUUCAAUCGCAAUUUUCCGAUCCCACUCCAUGGGGAAGAAGCCCCUCUCACUCGUCGUUUCCCACCUAGCCAUUUCUCAAUGUCUCAACCCAUCGCCACGCCACCGCCAUUACCAUCCCCGAAACCGAUGUUACAUAAUCCAUAAACCGCACAAUGCCAAAGCACAACCCCACGAUUGGUGCAACUGCAUCGUCUUCCACCAUCUUCGUCGUUGCCCUCGUCUUCCUCCCUCCACCUCCAUCUUUCUAAACCUAACCAUGUUUGGCUAAACUCCUAGUUGUUCCGAAUUUGAUGAAUCCUAAUAUGCUUUGUAUGGAUUAAGUAAUAUCUUUGACAUAAACAUGUUUUUCUCGUCUUACGAUCUUUUCUCGACUUAUCAUGCGCAACUAUCAAUAGUGCGCAUCUAUUGUAUAUUUUAUCUGAUACAUGUAGAUGAAACUACAAUGUAAUUUUGCAUGUUAGAUCUCUUGUGAAAAGAAGGAACUAAUCAGAUCCACCGGCGAUGAGGUCACGUAGUUCCUCUAGAUUAUCUUAAAAAUCUAAUACGGAUAUUCACAAAUCUGGUUAAUGCUUUGGUUUAAGAGUCUUGUAAGCCACGAUUCACUUGAUUCUUAAAGUCGAAAGGGUGUUAAUACAUGUGAGAACGAGUUAACACUAAAUUGGGAAUUUUCACAGUCUAAGAUUUGAACACACUUUAUGUUGUUGUUUGUAUAAUGUAUGUUAGGGGGAUUCAUUUCCGAGACAACCCCUUCUCCUCUUGAUUUUACUUUGAAAUUGUUUGUUUGUGUCUUGUUUAUUGCAUGUGUGAAAUCCUAUACUUGAAAAUCAACUAAAAAUGAUUGACUAGAUAAUAGAUAAAAGUUUAGUACUAGUACACAAAGUCUCUGUGAAUACGACCUAGCUUCCUGCUAUACUGCUCUAGAACGAUAAGUACCCUUGCCAGUAUUUACCUGUGUUAGUUACAGGCGAUCAAGUUUUUGGCACCGUUGCCGGGAACUAUUAAUUUAGUCGCUUUUAUUUUUCUUGUUAUUUUUCAUACACUUGUUGCUUUCACGGGUUGUUCUUGUUUUUGUACUUGAAAUAGUGCAUGACCUGAAACCACCCUAGUGGAUUAGUCAACCUUGAUCCCGAGAUUGAGAGAACCCUUCGUGAACAAAGAAGGGAGCAAAAAGUAGAGCCACCAGCAAUUGGGGAAAGCAAGCCGAAGUCAACAAUCGGACUAUGUCCGAUUAUGCAUGUCCUACCUUGGAGGGAACUCACUCAAGCAUCCGGAGGCCCAACAUUGAAGCCAACAAACUUUGAAAUUAAGAUUGGGAUGCUGCAAAUGAUCCAAAAUCGGUUGCAAUUCAAUGGCCUACCCGAUGAGGAUCCCAACUCUCACCUAAGUAAGUUUUUGGAGCUUUGUGACACAAUAAAGAUAAAUGGCGCAACCACUGAUGCCAUCCGCCUCUGACUAUUCCCAUUCUUGCUCGAAAAUGGAGCAAGGGAGUGGCUUGAAGCAUAUCCACGAAACUCAAUCACAACAUGGAUGGAAGCCGAUAUAUUCUUGGCCAAGUACUUUCCACCAAGCAAGACAACGAAACUCCACAAUGAAAUUGUUGUGUACCACCAAGAAGAUCACGAAACUCUCUACGACACAUGGGAGAGGUACAAAAAAACUCUCAGAAAGUGUCCUCACCAUGGCGUUCCUCUUUGGUUGCAAAUGCAAACAUUCUACAAUGGUCUCAAUCCCGAGACAAGGCAAUCCAUAGAUGCAGUGGCGGGUGGCACCAUCCAAAACAAAACGCCCCCUCAAGUGGAAAAUCUAGUUGAAGAUAUGGUGAUGAACAACUAUCAAUGGUAUUCGCCUCAAAACCCAUGUCAACCGGCACCAACUUGAAAUGCCAAACUCCACCAAAUUGAUCCGGUGACAGCCUUGGCAGCCCAGGUAGAGUCACUCGAAAUGUUUUUUUGGCACGAAAAAAGGGGCUUAGGCAAGGAGAUCCGUCGCCACUGGGACUAUUCACGCUCAUCAUGGAUAUCCUCUCUUCCAUGUUGGAUAAGUUCCAAGCUGCCCGGAAAAUUAAAGGGUUAUGUAUGGACGAGAGUAGCGGCAGAGGUGAGGUAGCCCACUUACUGUUCGCCGACAAUACAUUACUUUUCUGUGAAGCCUUGUAUGAGCAAGUCCUGGGCAUUAUGGAAACUCUGGUUUGUUUCCAAGCUGCCUCGGGUCUUAGAAUCAAUAUGUAUAAGUCUGUUUUGUUCACGAUUGACGAUGUCCCAAAUCCAUAUUUUUCGCUGCAAUUAUCGAAUGCACCUGGAGUUGCGACCUGUUUAUGUAUCUUGGAUUUCCCUUGGGCACCAAAGUAAAUGCAGUCUCUACUUAGGAUCCUACUUUAGGCAAAUUUCAGAGGAGGCUGAUGGAUGGAAGGGGCGAUUUUUGUCCCUUGGUGGAAGACUUGUGUUAAAUAAAUUUGUCCUCAGCAUUCAACCAACGUACUACUUCUCUUUGUUGUGAGCACCAGCCACGAUCAUCAAUAGAAUCGAGAAGAUCCAAAGAAGAUUUAUUUGGAGCGUGACAAGGGAGAGCCAGAAAAGCUCACUUUGAGCUGGGACGUUUGCAAAGUUUUAAAGGAGAGGGGCGAUAUCUGCAUUAUCGAUCUAAGAAGUUUUAAUACAGCAUUGCUCUCUAAAUGGC